UGUGUGUGUGUGUGGCGGCGCGUGAUGUCUCAGUAGUGUUGUCCAGGAAGGCAGCACACUAGGUUUUGAGACGCAGCCGCAGACAUUUAAACAUCAAACAGGCCGCUCCGGUGCGGGACAGCGAGUCGUUAUAGAAGAAAACAAACAUCCACUGAUUAUUAAAACCAUCCCUCCGGUAACCGGUCAGUCGCUGCUGGUGGGGUUAGUAUGGACUGAGGCUGGACGGGUGUCGUCGGGGGGCGCCGGUGAAGCAGGAAAAACACCCGAAACGAACAGACGAGACCGAGAGAGAGCUCCGCGGACAGACGCCCGGUGUUCGGUAAUGCGAUGGUCUCUGCGGCCCGGCCUGAGCUCCAGGUGCUUCGAUCUCGCUCCCUCAGCUGCUGGAAACGCCCUGCUUCUCUAGAUUCUCGCCCGGCUCCUGCCACAUAAACAGACAAGAUUGCAAAGAUCUGCCCCGCAUCGAGCAUGACGGCCACCACCCGCGGCUCUCCCGUUGGGGGCAACGAGAGCCAGAGCCAAGCGCCAGACGCCCAGAACCAGACCCAGACCCUGCUGCCCCAGAACCAGACGCCCUCACCAAACUCCUCCAAUGAGACGUCUUCCAUCAGUCCACCAGAGGAAGCAGGGCAGGGAGAAGCCCCGCCCACACAGGAAGAGGAGGAGCCUGCCUUCCCCCACACAGACCUGGCCAAGCUGGACGACAUGAUCAACCGGCCGCGCUGGGUGGUUCCGGUCCUGCCCAAAGGAGAGCUGGAGGUUCUGCUGGAAGCUGCUGUAGAUCUCAGUAAAAAAGGGCUCGACGUGAGGUGCGAGGCGUGUCAGAGGUUUUUCCGUGACGGGCUGACGAUCUCAUUCACCAAAAUCCUGACGGAUGAGGCCGUGAGCGGCUGGAAGUUUGAGAUCCACAGGUGCAUCAUCAGUAACACCCAGCGUCUGGUGGAGCUCUGCGUGGUCAAGCUGGCUCAGGAUUGGUUCCCUCUGCUGGAACUGCUGUACAUGGCCACUAACCCGCACUGCAAGUUCCACAUUUACAACGGCACGCGUCCAUCCGAGAGCGUUCCUGCGGGAGUGCAGCUCGCCGACGAUGAGCUGUUUGCCCGGCCGCCCGACCCACGCUCUCCUAAGGGUUGGCUAGUGGACCUCAUCAAUAAGUUCGGGACGUUGAGCGGGUUCCAGAUUCUGCACGAUCGCUUCACGAGUGGCCAGGCUCUCAACGUGCAGAUCAUCGCAGCUCUCAUCAAACCUUUCGGCCAGUGCUACGAGUUCUUGACUUUGCACACGGUGAAGAAGUUUUUCUUGCCCGUAAUCGAGAUGGUCCCACAGUUUCUGGAGAACCUCACAGACGAGGAGCUGAAGAAGGAGGCCAAGAACGAGGCCAAGAAUGAUGCUCUGUCCAUGAUCAUAAAGUCCUUGAAGAACAUAGCGUCCAGAGUUCCGGGUCAAGAGGAAACCGUCAAGAACCUGGAAAUCUUCAGGUUAAAAAUGAUCCUUCGGUUGUUGCAGAUUUCUUCAUUUAAUGGGAAAAUGAAUGCGCUGAAUGAAGUGAACAAGGUAAUCUCGAGCGUGUCGUAUUACACGCACCGGCACGGAAACCCAGAGGAGGAGGAGUGGCUGACCGCAGAGCGAAUGGCUGAAUGGAUUCAGCAGAACAACAUUCUGUCCAUCGUGCUGAGAGACAGUCUGCACCAGCCGCAGUACGUGGAGAAGCUGGAGAAGAUCCUGCGCUUCGUCAUUAAGGAGAAAGCUCUGACCCUGCAGGACCUCGACAACAUCUGGGCGGCUCAGGCUGGUAAACACGAAGCGAUCGUCAAGAACGUCCACGAUCUGUUGGCCAAGCUAGCGUGGGAUUUUUCCCCGGAGCAGCUCGAUCACCUGUUCGACUGCUUCAAGGCCAGUUGGACGAACGCUGGUAAGAAGCAGCGGGAGAAGCUUCUGGAGUUGAUCCGCAGGCUGGCGGAGGACGAUAAGGACGGAGUGAUGGCUCACAAAGUGCUCAACCUGCUGUGGAACCUGGCACACAGUGAUGACGUCCCCGUCGACAUCAUGGACCAGGCUUUGAGCGCCCACAUCAAGAUCCUGGACUACAGCUGCUCGCAGGACCGCGACAAUCAGAAGAUGCAGUGGAUCGACCGCUUCAUCGAGGAGCUCCGGACGAAUGAUAAGUGGGUGAUUCCAGCUCUGAAGCAGAUCAGGGAGAUCUGCAGCUUGUUUGGAGAAGCUCCUCAGAACCUCAGUCAGACGCAGAGGAGUCCACACGUCUUCUACCGUCACGAUCUGAUCAACCAGCUCCAGCACAAUCACGCGCUCGUCACGCUGGUGGCUGAGAACCUGUCUGCGUACAUGGACAACAUGAGGCAGUUCUCCAGAGAGCAUACAGAGUUUGAUCCUCAGACGGUUCGAGCGGGAAGCCGGUACAGCCACGUACGCGAGGCCUGCUUUAAGUGGUACUCCAAGCUCAUGGGUGACGAGCCGGAUCUGGACCCCGACAUCAACAAGGACUUUUUUGAGAACAACGUGCUGCAGCUGGACCCCACGCUGCUCACGGAGAACGGCAUGAAGUGCUUCGAGCGCUUCUUCAAAGCUGUGAACUGCAGAGAGGGCAAGCUGGUGGCCAAACGCAGGGCGUACAUGAUGGACGACCUGGAGCUGAUCGGGCUCGACUACCUCUGGAGGCUCGUGAUUCAAGGCAGUGAUGACAUCGCCACUCGAGCCAUAGACCUGCUGAAAGAAAUAUACACCAACCUCGGACCAAAGCUACAGGUGAAUCAGGUGGAGAUCCACGAGGACUUCAUCCAGUCGUGCUUCGACCGGCUCAAGGCCUCGUACGACACGCUGUGUGUGCUGGACGGAGAUAAGGACAGCAUUAACUGCGCCAGACAGGAGGCCAUACGCAUGGUGCGCGUUCUGACGGUGCUCAGAGAGUACAUCACCGAGUGUGACAGCGACUACCACGAGGAGAGGACCAUCCUGCCCAUGUCCAGGGCGUUCCGUGGGAAGCACAUCACUCUGGUGGUGAGGUUUCCCAAUCAGGGCCGUCAGGUGGAGGACUUGGACAUCUGGUCCCACACCAACGACACCAUUGGCUCGGUCCGCCGCUGCAUCCUCUCUCGCAUCAAAGCCAACAGCACACACACUAAAGUAGAGCUGUUCAUUGGAGGAGAGAUCGUGGACCCCGCUGAGGACCGCCGGCUGAUUGGACAGCUCAACCUCAAAGAUAAAACUCUCAUCACAGCGAAGCUCACGCAGGUCAGCACCAACAUGCCCUCCAGCCCCGACAGCUCGUCCGACUCGUCCACCGGCUCGCCCAGGAACCACACAAACCACUACAGCGAUGGCCCGAACCCCGAGGUGGAGAGCUGCUUGCCAGGAGUGAUCAUGUCGCUGCAUCUGCGCUAUAUCUCCUUCUUGUGGCAGAUCGCUGAUCUGGGCUGCACCCUGAGCAUGCCGCUACUGCGAGACGGAGCUCGAGUGCUCAUGAAGCUCAUGCCUCCAGAUAACACUACAGUGGAGAACCUGCGAGCGAUCUGUUUGGAUCACGCUAAGCUGGGAGAGAACAGUCUGAGUCCCACUCUGGAUUCACGCUUCUUUGGCCCGUCCGCUUCACAAGUGCUCUACCUCACCGAGGUGGUGUAUGCGCUGCUGAUGCCAGCCAGUGGAACUCUGGGAGACGACGCCAGUGGCUUCCAGUGCAACUUCCUGAAGAGCAGCGGUCUGCCUCUGGCUCUGGGCAUGCUCACCAGGAACAACUUCCUUCCCCGUGCGGACAUGGAGACGCGGCGCGGCGCUUACCUGAACGCCCUGAAGAUCAGCAAGCUCCUGCUGACCGGCGUGGGGUUCGGACACGUGAAGGCCGUGGCGGAGGCCUGCCAGCCGCUGGUGGAGGGAACCAGCCCCGCGUCUCCGAUAAAUCAGGCGACCCAUGAACAGGCUCUGGUGCUGCAGAACGCUCUCCAGAGCAUUCCCAAUCCCGCCUCCGAGUGCAUGCUGCGCAGCGUGUCCCUCCGGCUGGCCCAGCAGAUCUCUGACGAGAACUUCUUCCAGGCCUCAAAGUACAUCCCGGAUAUCUGUGUGAUCCGCGCCGUGCAGAAGAUCGUCUGGGCUUGCGUUUGUGGGAUGGUGCAUCUGGUCUUCAGCUCGAACGAAGAGAUCAGCCAGAUCUACGAGAAGACUAACGCAGGUAACGAGCCGGACGCUGAAGACGAGCAGGUGUGCUGUGAGGCGCUGGAGGUCAUGACCUUGUGUUUUGCUCUGCUCCCUACGGCCCUCGACACGCUCAGCAAAGAGAAAGCCUGGCAGACCUUCAUCAUCGACCUGCUGCUGCACUGCCAGAGCAAAGCUGUGCGUCAGAUGGCACAGGAGCAGUUCUUCCUCAUGGCCACCAGGUGCUGUAUGGGACACAGACCCCUCCUGUUCUUCAUCACCCUCCUCUUCACUGUUCUGGGAAGUACGGCGAAGGAAAGAGCGAAGCACGCUGGCGAUUACUUCACGCUCUUGCGCCACUUACUCAACUACGCCUACAACAGCAACAUAAACCUUCCCAACGCCGAGGUGCUGCUGAACAACGAGAUCGACUGGCUCAAGAGGAUCCGGGAUGAGGUGAAGAGGAGCGGAGAGACGGGUGUGGAAGAGACCAUUCUAGAGGGUCAUCUGGGGGUCACCAAAGAGCUGCUGGCCUUUCAGACCCCGGAGAAAAAGUUCUACAUCGGCUGUGAGAAAGGAGGCGCUAAUCUGAUUAAGGAGCUGACCGAUGACUUCAUCUUCCCGGCGUCUAACGUGUUUCUGCAGUUCGUGAAGAGCGGCGAGUUCCCGGCGGAGCAGGCUAUACCGGUGUGCAGCAGUCCUGCGUCUAUAAACGCCGGCUUCGAGCUGCUGGUGGCGCUCUCUGUCGGCUGCGUGCGGAACCUCAAGCAGAUCGUCAACACGCUCACAGACAUGUACUAUCUAGGUUGCGAGGCGCUUACAGAGUGGGAGUAUCUGCCUCCGGUGGGGCCGCGGCCGAACAAAGGCUUCGUGGGUCUGAAGAACGCAGGAGCCACGUGCUACAUGAACUCCGUGAUCCAGCAGCUUUACAUGAUCCCGCCCAUCCGCAACGCCAUCCUGGCCAUCGAAGGCACUGGCAGCGACAUCGACGACGACGACACGUCCAGAGACGAAAAGCAGGACAACGAGGCUAAUGUGGACCCCAGGGAUGAUGUGUUCAGUUAUCAUCAGCAGUUUGAUGACAAGCCCUCUCUCAAUAAGGCCGAGGACCGUAAGGAGUACAACAUCGGAGUGCUGCGGCGUCUGCAGGUCAUCUUCGGUCACCUCGCCGCGUCCCGUCUGCAGUACUACGUGCCCAGAGGCUUCUGGAAACAGUUCAGGUUAUGGGGGGAGCCGGUGAAUCUGAGAGAGCAGCACGACGCGCUGGAGUUCUUCAAUUCCCUGGUGGACAGUCUGGAUGAAGCACUGAAAGCCCUCGGCCAUCCCAGCAUGCUCAGCAGGAUCUUGGGCGGCUCGUUUGCAGACCAGAAGAUCUGUCAGGGUUGUCCUCACAGAUAUGAGUGUGAGGAGUCCUUCACAACACUGAAUGUAGACAUCAGAAACCACCAAAACCUCCUUGACUCUUUAGAACAGUACGUCAAAGGGGAUCUUCUCGAAGGAGCCAAUGCGUACCACUGUGAGAAGUGCAACAAAAAGGUGGACACGGUGAAGCGUCUCCUUAUAAAGAAGCUCCCGCCGGUGUUAGCCAUCCAGCUGAAGCGCUUCGAUUACGACUGGGAGCGUGAGUGUGCGAUUAAGUUCAACGAUUACUUCGAGUUCCCUCGUGAGCUGGACAUGGAGCCCUACACGGUGGCAGGCGUGGCGAAGCUGGAGGGUGACGAGGUUCCGCCGGAGAGCCAGGUCAUCGCUGAGAACUCUGAUCCGAACAGCAGCUCCCGCUAUCGGCUCGUGGGUGUGCUGGUGCACUCGGGGCAGGCCAGCGGCGGACACUACUACUCUUAUAUCAUGCAGCGGCACUGUAAUGGCAGCGACGGACUGAAGGACCGCUGGUACAAGUUUGACGACGGCGACGUGACGGAGUGUAAGAUGGACGAUGACGAGGAGAUGAAGAACCAGUGCUUCGGUGGAGAGUACAUGGGUGAGGUGUUCGACCACAUGAUGAAGCGCAUGUCGUACCGGCGGCAGAAGCGCUGGUGGAACGCCUACAUUCUGUUCUACGAGCGCAUGGACGCAGCAGGGGGCGACGGAGAGCUGCUGAAGUACAUCUCCGAGCUGACGCUCGCGCCCCGGACGAACCAGCCUAAAAUGCCCUUGGCCAUCGAGGCCAGCGUUCGCAAACAGAACGUGCAGUUCAUGCACAGCCGCAUGCAGUACAGCCUCGAGUACUUUCAGUUCGUUAAGAAACUGCUGACCUGCAACAGCGUCUACCUGAACCCUCCUCCAGGUCAAGAUCAUCUUUUACCAGAAGCUGAAGAAAUAGCGAUGAUUAGUAUACAGCUUGCUGCUAGGUUUCUGUUCAGCACCGGAUUCCACACAAAGAAAGUCGUCCGAGGCCCUGCUAGUGACUGGUAUGAUGCCCUGUGCAUCCUAUUGCGUCACAGCAAGAACGUCCGCAGCUGGUUUGCACACAACGUCCUCUUUGCCUUCCCCACGCGCUUCUCCGAGUACCUGCUGGAGUGUCCGAGUGCGGAGGUGCGCGGAGCUUUUGCCAAACUGAUGGUGUUCAUCGCACACUUUUCCCUGCAGGACGGACCCUGCCCUUCUCCGGUCACCUCGCCCGGCUCGUCCACACAGGCCUGUGACAGUGUGACCCUGAGUGACCAUCUGUUGCAUUCGGUGCUGAACUUACUGAGAAGAGAAGUGUCCGAGCACGGCCGUCACCUCCAGCAGUACUUCAACCUCUUCGUCAUGUACGCCAAUCUGGGUCUGGCAGAAAAGACACAGCUGUUGAAGCUGAGCGUUCCAGCCACGUUCAUGCUGGUGGCGCUGGACGAGGGUCUCGGGCCCCCCAUCAAGUAUCAGUACGCAGAGCUCGGCAAACUCUACGCGGUGGUUUCGCAGUUGGUGCGCUGCUGUGACGUGUCGCCGCGCAUGCAGUCCUCCAUUAACGGUAACCCACCUCUGGCCAAUCCAUACGGUGACCCCAGCCUCACGGCUCCCAUCAUGCCCCUGCAGCAGCUGGUGACCGAAAUCCUGUUUGUGCGCACCAGCUACGUGAAGAAGAUCAUCGAGGACUGCAGCAAUUCUGAGGAGACGGGGAAGCUGCUGCGCUUCUGCUGCUGGGAGAACCCACAGUUCUCCUCCACGGUCCUCAGCGAGCUGCUCUGGCAGGUGGCGUAUUCCUACACCUAUGAGCUGAGGCGAGGAAGUGAUUGUGGAUGUUUUGUAUCACAGAGUAAUGGGGAUCUGAAGAGGAAGUGGACGUGGGCAGUAGAAUGGCUGGGUGAUGAGCUGGAGAGGAGGCCAUACACGGGAAACCCUCAGUACAGCUACAACAACUGGUCUCCUCCGGUUCAGAGCAACGAGACGUCCAACGGAUAUUUCCUGGAGCGCUCUCACAGCGCCCGCAUGACCCUGGCCAAGGCCUGCGAGCUCUGUCCUGAAGAGGAGCCAGAUGAUCAGGAAGCACCUGAUGAGCACGACUCGUCGCCGCCGGAGGACACUGCGCUCUAUCCUCAUUCUCCAGGAACACAGUAUCAGCAGCCGAAUAACCAGCCCUACACCGGCCCGGCCGCCCAGCACAUGAAUAACCCGCAGCGGCCCCAAGAAAGCUGGGAAGGAACCGACGAGGUCCCUCCAGUCCAGACUAAAGAGUAGCAGUCGCCCACACCUUGCCUCGAGACCGCAUCCGCUCGCCUCCAGGACCGAGACCAGGCCUUAAAGCCCCGGAGCGGAGCCGCACUCUCUGCCAGCGCCGACGGCCCUCUCCAUUCUCCAUCUGUCUGUGAUGAUGACCCUGGAGCGACGCGGGUGCCUGCAGAGUCUGGUGCGCAGACGCAGACGCAGUCUUGGUGUGAACCGUCGCUGUAGCGGAUGGUGCAUGUGUGCAAACCUCUGGACCCCCUCCAGCUCCAUCAUCUUCAUCAUCAUCAUCAUCAUCAUCUGAGAAUACCUCAGCAGCCGAAUGAAGGGAAACCCGAGGCUUUGUGGUAUGCGUUUGCUGCGUCAGCGUGGACCGUUGCGGACAAACGCUGCAUCCUCAUGACUCUCCGUGGGGUCAACUCGGUGUCGCUCUACUGAUUUAGACGCCAUUGAAAGCUUUGAUUUGUUUUGUUGUUCUGUUAGGAGUGUGAUCUUCUGUUAGGGUCUUGAACACUGCUGCUGGCUCACUUUGUCGUCCACCUGCGUCAACCUCUUUAAUGUUGGUGUGACAAAGUGGCUGCAGAUUGGCACAUUUACUCCACAGACUACAUUCUCUCUGGCACUCGAGUCCAUGUUUCAUUUGUAUUGUCAGCGGGCUGGAAAGUGUAAUAACUCGUCUUAUUUUCUCACUGUUGAAUGGAAUUUCAGUUGCCCUAGUUCUGAGUCUGCCUCUUGGCUCCUCCCACUUCCUCUGUCCCCGUCCAAUGAAAACGCAGCCACGGCCACACUGCUCUGUAUCCGGGGAGAUUUGCAGGGAGAUCAUCAGGAUUCAUUCAUCAGCUGGAUUUAUAAAGUGUGGCUCUUUUGUCUGAAUACCAAAAUCACCAUAUUCUGUUUUGCCGUUUUCUUUAAUAGAGGUUAUUUUGUUGAAUUUGAGAAGAAAGAGUUUGAGCGUUUGAAUGCAAAGGCCUUGUCCUUGUGUUGUUAUUUUAAGAGGAUAUUUAAUGUACAGAGUUCUGUUUUUGCCGAACGUUGUUUACGGCGUGAGGUUGGAUUCUGGAGCUGCUUUAGCCAUGUGAAGUUUUCACUUGAAAAGAAGUCUUUCUUUUUCUGCACAGACGUGUAAUAACAGAAGCAUUGCACCACUAGAAACAAUAAAUUAAACAUUUAAAUGCAAACAUGACUUUUUAUUAGCUUUCCGAUGGUUUCUAUAAGAAGGUACGGUUUGUAAAUACCCGAAGCACACAGAAACACUCGGGGCUGCGUUUAUCAAAAGCAUCGUAAGCCUAAAUUGAUCGCAGAACCAUUGUCACCAAUAGAGCUACGAUCAACUGAGGCUUACGAUGCUUUUGAUAAACGCAGCCCAGACCUGAGACACACUUGUGCUCGUUAAAGCAUUGUGUCCUGAAACAUCUGCCAAAACCCAUCCUAACAAAGACUGAACGGCCCUGAACUGGGUUGUGAGCGGGUUAAACCAUCUAAACUAGCACUACAGGUCAUCCUUCUCUCAGAAUACAGAGGAUCUCACAAGCUUCGUUUUGUUUCUUCUUUUGUAAACGUCUCAUCAGGAUGACAUUUGCCUUCUGCUUUGUUUUUGCUUUUUCGGGUUUGAUUUUGUUUGAUUUCUAAAGCUCUUCUUGUGAACCGUGCAUGGAUAAUAUUCCUCGAUCGGCCUUCGAGCACUGUACAAACCCAGCACACUGUAAAAUCAUUAAAUUAUACUUUAAAGGUAAAAAAUAAAUGGUAUUUGAAUUACA